AUUCCAAUCCAAGGAAUCAAAUAAUAAGUAAAUAAUAAAAACUUUUGGUUGGAUUAUAUAAGGAAGCCAUGUUCAUCUCCCAUCUCCAUCUUCCUUGACGCCCUCUCCCUCCACCCUUAACCACCACCUUCUUCCUUCUCCACUUUUUCACACUCUUCAGCUCUUUUAACUCCCACCGCCACGGCGCCACCGUGCAGCUGCCCAAUUCACUAUCAUCCCCAAAACAAAACCCGCAUUUUCAUUCAUGAAAGAAGGCUGUCUUAAUACCAAACUGAGCCUAAACCAACAACCAGCAGCUGGUAGCCAACAGAUGUGCAGAACCCUAGAAGGAACCACCACCGUUGACCACCACACCGUCGUGUCGUCUACGGUGGUGGUCCCGGCCAACUCCUCUGAAGACCUUAACUUGAUUCCUCCGUUGAACUUUGCUAUGGUUGACAAUGGCAUCUUCAGGUCGGGUUUCCCCGAUUCUGCCAACUUCUCUUUUCUUCAAACGCUUAACCUCAGCUCCAUCAUAUAUCUGUGUCCUGAGCCAUACCCAGAAGCCAACACUGAGUUUUUAAAGUCCAAUGGGAUCAAGCUUUUUCAGUUUGGAAUUGAGAGUUACAAGGAACCAUUUGUAGAUAUCCCAGAGGACACAAUCCGCGAAGCUCUAAGAAUUGUCCUUGAUGUUAGGAAUCACCCAGUUUUAAUUCACUGUAACCGAGGGAAGCACCGAACUGGCUGUCUGGUAGGAUGCUUGAGGAAACUGCAAAGAUGGUGUUUGUCAUCCGUCUUUGACGAGUACCAGAGGUUUGCUGCAGCGAAAGCUAGAGUCUCGGAUCAGAGGUUUAUGAAGUUGUUUGAUGUUUCUAGCUUAAAACAUCUGCCAAUGUCAUUUUCUUGCUUGAAGAAUUAAAAAAGAAAAAGAAAAGAAAAGGAAACCGCAUGUAAUUGAACAUCUUUUGCUUUCCUGUGGUUUGCAGCGGAGAAUGCUUGAGGUGAUGAGUUUCUGG